AUUAAUUUGCUUUCCCUGGGCUGGUGGCGGAGCGGCGUUCUAUGCCAACUGGGGUAAAAAGUUUGCAAGCGAAGUAGAAGGUUUGAUUUAUAAAUUUUGGAGAAUGCUAUUUUCACUCAGAGCGAUAUGGAGUCGUGGAUAAAAUGAUAAAGAAGAUUCGAUUUAAAGUCUUGCGUUGAUAUCAUUGGUUGAUUAAAGAUCGAUCAUUUUACAGUUUUUUAACUAUUUAAGAGUUGCUAAAAUGAAAGAGCGGUGAAAGUGUAAUGCCGGUGGCUGAUGAUUUACGAGGAGUUUUCAGUUGAAUUGACAUCCUUUAAAGCCUUCUGAAAGAGCCUUAUUUUUAUGACACUUUGCCUUGAAUAUUCAGAUACUUAAUAUUACAUUGGUUAAAAAAUGAUUUUUGUCGUUGUAAUUAAAAUCUGAGUUCAUAUUUACAACAUUUACCAAUAUUAAAGUCUAUCAUGCCUCAAUCAUUGUUUAUAAAAUUUGUAACAUUCAAAAAAAGGUGAUCUCAGACAAUAGGCCUCUGAUCACAUGUUAACAAUUUACGCCUUAACCAUAUUCUCCCUACUCUUCUCUACACAUUUGCACUGGUGCUGACAAUGAGAAUUUGUUCAAUAAUCAAAGCUUAUUAGAUUGGCAAUCAUUUCCUAUAUUCUUAUGAUGUCAUGAAUGAUUCAUAAGUAUUAUACUAUAAGGAGAAAUUAAAUGGUGGUCACACUCAAAGUUUAAAGAGUUCAUCAACCACCUUGAUCUAGAAUUUAUCAUGUUACACUGUUUUAUCCUGAAUUUUCAACUUAAUGUCCACAGUGCAUGGAGUUUGUUUGCCUGGUAGAGAGAGUAGGUUCAAGGAAUCUUUUAUUAUUGAUGACUGGGAAUCAUUUUUAAGUGAUUUCUGUGAGGAUGUUCUGGAGAUUUUAAAAGGAAAGCCAUUUGCAUUUUGGGGUCACAGGUUUGUGAAACACUUAACCUGUUACUAACCAAAGAAAUGAAUAUCAAAGCAAUCUCUGCAGUAAUGAAUACUACCAGUACUUGAGUAGUAGUCAAAAUUAGACCUGAAAAAAUUUCAGACCUGUAUGGGAUUUGAACCCAUGACCUCAGCAUUACCAGUGCAUACCAGUACAAUGCUCUACCAACUCUACUACCCUUUUCUAUUUUUAGAAUUCCUAUCUAGAAGCAGCAAUAUAUUAAUUGACCCUUGCCUAACAACCUGUCAUUUUUUUUCUAGUCUGGGAGCCAGAUUGUGCUUUGAAGCAGCAAAGUACCUGAAACUGUACUACAACUCACAGCCAGUUCACUUGCUAAUAUCAUCAGCAACUGCACCCCAGGUCAGUAAAAAAAUAGUUUUGCACCCUGGUGAAAAACCUCACAGGAUCUUUGAGGAUCUUCAAGGAUUGACAAAGACCUGCCAAAGAUCCUUAAAGACAAGGAUCUUUAAAAGAUCUUUAAAGGAUCUGUUUAAUCAGGAUCUUGCAAGGAUCCUAGUCAAGAUCUUUGCAGGAUCUUUUUGAGGAUCUUUCAAGAUCCUCAAGGAUUUAAUGAGGAUCUUUUAAAGACCUUCCAAAGAUCCUUUCAAGGAUCCUAUUAAGAUCUUUGCAAGGAUCCUUAAGGAUUUGAUCAGGAUCUUACAAGGAUCCUACUCAAGAUCUUUGCAAGAUCUUUUCAAGGAUCCUUCAAGAUCCUCAAGGAUUUAAUGAGGUCUUUUAAAGACCUACAAAAGAUCCUUUCAAGGAUCCUGUAAAGAUCUUUGCCAGGAUCCUUAGGAAUUUGAUCAGGAUCUUACAAGGAUCCUUAAGUCAAGAUCUUUGCAGGAUCUUUUCAAGGAUCCUUCAGGAUCCUCAAGGAUUUAAUGAGGAUCUUUUAAAGACCUUCAAAAGAACCUUUUAGGGAUCCUGCUAAGAUCUUUGCAUGAUCUGUUCUACAAUCCUUCAAGAUCCUCAAGGAAUUGAAAAGGAUCUUCCACAUAUCUUUAAAAGAUUCAUUUCAUGAUUUUGUGCAGCUCUUUGUAAGGAUCCUUUUUGAAUUUGAUGUGGAUCUCAAAGGCAACUUUGUCAAGAUCUCUACCACAUCUCUGCAUUAUGAAUUAGGUUCCUUUGAAAUCCUCAAGUAAUUUCAAACAUAACAAAAUUGUAAAUUGAGGGCUCACUGUUUUAUAAUUUAAACACAACAAGGAAUUUUCGCAGAAAAUUAUUGUGCAAAGAGUGUAAUGAAGGUUACCGCAUAGCAACGCCAUGCUCGAGGCUUUCGGGAAACUUUGUGACUACUUACAUGACAACAAAUAGGGUUUUGCAUUAUGGGAUAGGAAUUUAUACGCGCCGAGAUUUUUAACGGUCGCAUUAAAAAACAUAAGAAGCUCGUUGUUACGGCAAAUAUCAUCGACAAUGGUCGGAACUAAAGGGAAAAUGUACACAGAAAUAAAAUUAAAGGAAAGGCGUUUUCUGGAGUUCAGAAACAAGCGAAAAGAGAGACAGAAACAACCGAAAUCGUCAAUCAAACUCCAAGCAGGUCUCGCGAUUGCUCUGACUCUGAGGCUGAAUGAAAAUAAUUCAUUGGUACUUCUGGAAAGAAAAUGAAGAUGCCAUCCUCGCCUAAUGAUUCUUGCUCUGAGCUCUUGGAGAGUGAGGAUGCAAAUGAUGUGUUACAGGGACAAGGAUACAGGCUUAUCGAUCUAGAGAGAUUCUCCUCGACGCUCACUGAAGGACAUGUUUCUGAAGAAGGUGUGAAUUUACUUGGUUCUGUGUAACCAACUUAAAAAGCUCUUUUAGAGGUUUUCAUAUGAAUUCCCGAAAACACUUAUUUUGUACCUCAGGAUGUAUUAGUUCAAUUAAUCUGAGGUUUUCAGGGCUGUAUCCUCUUACUGAGUUGAGUUGGAUAAGCUGACAGUUUCUCUAUAAGCUGAAUUUCAAGUAAGAUAUUGUGGAAUAACUCACCUAAUAAUCACGGUGAACUUUGAACGGGCACUGUGCCCAUAAUAUAAACGACUCCAAAAGUUCCUCAGCUCAUCCAAAAGAACGACCCUAGUACUUUGUUUUGACACUAAAAACACUUGAUUUCAUGCAAUCUUUGUGCAGUUAUCUUUUCUCAAGUAUACCUAGGUUUUUCACACCAUGUGGUGGACAAAUUGAUCUGAUGUCAAAUAACAAAUUGGUUUAGGGCAACAUAUUAGUUAUAUUCAGUAUGUGUGAUUCCAAAGUUUUCUUUUGGUAUAUAGGUUAAUAUGGUUUAGAAAUAUAGUCAUUGAAGUACUCUUGUUUGCCUUUUUUUCAUGUUUACCCCCUCUGUAAGAGUAGUCUGAGUCUGGUCAUAGUCUAGUCCUAGACAAGUUGAACACAUAUAUUUUGGUCUUCUUAUCUUUGAGCUGGACUGUUGCCAGAUUUUUUGGAAAAUGAAAAUCUUAGUACUAACCUAAAGUCUGAACAGAAAUAGUGUAGAAGUAGUCCUACUAGAAGAGGAUGGGUAAUUCUCGUUUAGCAAUAAAAAAAGUUUUAUCUUCAUUUUUUUAUGUUUGGUUCAAUUUUUCUUUUUAACUUAGUAUGAGGAUUUAAGUAUGCUUAUUUUCUUGUCAAAAUUUCGAAGGUUCUAUAACAUUCUUGCUAAGAUCUUCAACGAUCUUCCAUUUCCUUGCCAGGAUCUUCAAGGUUCACUGACAUUCUUGUCAAGAUCUUUAAGGAUCUUCAAAUCUCUUGCAAAGAUCUUUAAUUUGGCUGUCAAAAUCUUCAAGGAUCUUUCUUUUUUUUGCCAAGAUCUUCAAAGAUCUUUCAAGUUAUUGCCAAGAUCUUUAAGGGUCUUUUAUUUUCUUUCCAAGAUCUUUAAGGAUCUUCAAAAUUUUCAACAAGAUCCUUGAAGAUCUUGGCAAGAAAAUGAGAGAUCCUCAAAGAUCUUAACAAGAAUUUGGAAGAUCCUCAAAGAAUUUUCAAAGAUCUUUAAAGGAUCUUCAAAGUUCAUGUAAAGAUCUUUGAAGAUCCAGACAAGAUCUUCAAGGAUCUUGACAGGAAAAUGAAAGAUCCUUAAAGAUCUUGGCAAGAAAGUCAAAGAUCCUCGAAGAUCUUGGCAAGAAAAUCAAAGAUCCUUGAAGAUCUUGGCAAGAAAAUCAAAGAUCCUUGAAGAUCUUGGCAAGAAAAUCAAAGAUCCUUGAAGAUCUUGGCAAGAAAAUCAAAGAUCCUUGAAGAUCUUGGCAAGAAAAUGAAGGAUCCUUGAAGAUCUUAACAAGAAUUUUGAAGAUCCUCAUGAAGAUCCUCAAGAGGAUCCUCAAAGGUCCUCAUGAAGAUCUUGAAAGAUCCUUAAAGAUCCUUGAAAGAUUUUCACCAGGGUGAAGCUCAUGAACAACAUAAUUGUAAGUUUUGACUGUAGUGCAUGUUAAUUUUAACCCCUGGAGUUACCAGUUCUCUAAUGAAAAGCAGUUCUUGCAACAGUUUUCCUUGGUUUGUAUCAUAAAGGGUUCUUUCCAUGGCUUUAUGUUGGUCAUAUUUGAUUUUGACCCUUAAAAUUUUUUGUGUUAAAUCUUGUCACUUAUUAAUUUAGUUUCUUUAGUUCUCAACCCUCAGUUUUUGGGAUUGAAAAAAAAGUUGAGUGUUUCUUGAAAGAUGACUAUUUUCUAGCAACAUAAUUAUGAAGUUUAGGAGAAUUAGGAAAUCCAGCAACUAAUACACAGUGAGAGGGGGAAAAGAAACUUCUUUUAAUCAUCAGAGGGUUUUUAAGAAUCAGGGUAAAAUACAGUAUUUGAUUGGAAAUGUGAAGUCCAUUUUGGUCUGAAACAUCAUGAAUUUUGAAAAAUAAAACUGUAUUGAGAGAGAUCUUCCAUGCACUGGAAGGAAAGGAGUACAUGUUCCCUUUUUCCUGACAAAAAUUUAGAAUUUGUUAAAAAAGUCGAGAUGCCUAGUUCUUUGAAAUUACUCCAUAUGCUCUCUUAAAACUAUGCACUUAUAUUCUGGUAAAUCUCUCUAAAUGUUUCAUGUCAUAGAGGCAUUGAUUCCUCAAUGAAAACUAGAAAGAAGAUAUACUAACCAUGUUCCUUGAACAAACCAUGGUCCCUCUUUGCCCUAAUAUUUGUUUAAUGAUAUCUAUCCCCCCUAGAAACAUAGUGUUCAUGUUCUCCUGUUCCCUAAUACCCCUGAGAGGCACCCUUGAAAUAACUUAUCACAAUAAAAAAUCCUGGACAUGUUCAUUAAGUCCCAAAAUCCUUGCACUUCAAGGAAAAUAUGUUUCAAAGUGCCUGGCAAAUUCAUAAGUUUGUUGGUUUAAAGAUCAAAUGAUGUAGUUUACAUGCCUUUCUUAUAAAUCAUUUUUUCUCACCUUUCACCUUUAGGUGGCAAAAAUAACACUAGAUGUUUCAACUCUAACUGAUGAUGAUUUGAUUAAAAAAAUCAGCAGCUGGGGAGGAACACCAAAAGUAUUGACAGAGAGCAAAGACAUGAUGAAGAUAGCUGCACGUGUGUUAAGAGCUGAUCUCACGCUGCUGCAGAACUACAGGUGACACGGAAAUGUCCAUCCUACCCACCCUCUGUAAUGACCUGUGAUGAGUAUUAUCAUUUAAGAUCAGUAUCAGUACCCAUUCCCCCCCCCCAACACGUUACAGUGCCGACGAUACUCCUGGUGCAGCAUAAAAUUACUUCAGAAAAACAUCCAGUCUCGCAAUCUUUUCAAAUCGUGUCAUCAGAAUGGUUCUUGGCGAUAGUAUAAGUGAUAGGACUUUUUUUUUUCAACAGCUCCGGCCUGUGUUCAUGAUCAAGAAGCGGAUAUAAAAAUUUGGGGGGGGAAAUUCUAGUGGCACACUUCAAAGCGCUCUUUUGCCUCUGUUUGUAUGUUUUACUUAAAUAUUCAGGAAGUUACUUGGAAUGAGUAUAAAAGAGAUGAAACACCGUCUUUCAGCCUUUGUCUCUGCACAGAGCAUCUUUUUUUGUUCGUCCGGUGUUAGCUGUUUAUCCCUGUGUGUUAAAUGAUAUAGCCUACGUAACAGGCGGUUUUCGAUCACCCUAUCAAAAAUGGCAGCGAGCGGAAAAAGAGCAACAGAGCCAAAACAGGCAGCAACACAGGCCAAAGACAUCAACAUUGAUAUCUUCAGUACCGUUCUUUAAGAAUGUUUCUUAAUUCGAAGAUUGUUAUCUCUAGAUUUGAAGAGAGUGCCACUGGUGUCGUCCUUGAUUGUCCUCUGACUUGUUUUGACGGAUCGGAUGAUCUUCACGAUCAAGAUGGUAAGUGGGUGUGGUUGUUUUCACUAAUGUACCUUAUCCCCAGUUAGUAUGUAAUGAUUUUUUUUUUUUUUUUUUUUUUUUUUUUUUUUUUUUCGACGACAGAACAUCGUUUGGUUAACUUUUGCUUAAAUAUCGCCUCGUGGCCUGUAGAUAUUUUUCCCAAGAAAGGCUAAUUGAAAGAUUCUGUGCAUGGUCUUUGCACUCUUAUGGGCAACAAAGCUUGCUUUAAGUUUGAUUAUUGUCAGUUUAGUUUGUUUCUUUGUAAGUGACUUGGACAAAGGCCAUUUCAGUCUUCUUAAACGAGGGAAAUUCAAAGGAAGAAACUGUACUGUUCCGAAAAUGAUCCUGGAACCACAGUUAUCUUGGAACACAAAUGAUGCAAGCGGAGGGCUACAAAUGAUCCCGUUAAAAGUGUGUGGAAUGGCAAGGUUACCGAUCUAGAAUUUUUCUGGAGCAUGUUUCCUGAUCUGAAUAUUAAGGGAGCGGCCAAAGGGGUUCCCAGGGUGGAAGUGAGCCCUCAUUAUAUGUCACGUCUCAAAAUCCGGUUCACGCUCGUAAGCAAUUUAUGUAAAAAGGAAAUUAAAGUUUUCUCUCCUUUUCUACAGGGUGGGCGGAACUUACAUCGGGGUCUUUCAAAAGACACGUUCUGCCUGGAGGGCACUUUUACUUCAUGGAAGGAGGCAAUGAACUGUCUCUCACAAACCAUAUUUCGGACGCCUUGCGAUUACAUUACACUCCAAGUCCUUGAUUGAAUCAUGCGCUGAUCCUGGAUUUAGCCAGAUUUGGCCGGAUUGAUAAGGCCGGGUAAAGCGAACCCUACACGGGCUAAGAUUUUCGUCACCUUAUAGAGGAGGUCGCCUGAGAUAUAAGCUCUAGAACUUUGGAAGUACAUCAUACAAUGUCCUUGCAAUGAAUUGAACAGCUAGACAUGGGGCACAUCACAGAGAACUGAGUCAGACUGAGACUGAAAGCUGGAACAUCACAGAGUAGAAUUUUUUCCACGUUUUGAGUGUCGAGUUGCUUGAUCACUUAGAAGAUGAAAUGAUUUUAUUUUAAUAAAGGGG